AGUGGGUAUGUCCUACGGGUAUGCGUGUGUGGGUAUAUCAUAGUGAUUGUGACAAAAGAUGAGAUCAAGUUUGUGACAACGGAGGGGAGUCUAAUAGAGACCAUCAAAGGAGAAUAUGUAUUGUGUGUAGAAAACAGUGUUGUACUCCUUCAAAGUAAGAUUUGUCGGAAUAGAAUUUUGAAGUGGAAAAAUGGGAACAUCCAACUUGAUGUGACAGUCGAUGAGACUAUUUUACAUUUGACUGCUGGAAAAGAUGUGACAUAUUUAUUAUCAAGUGAUGAGAAAAUUGUGUGUCUCGACGAAGCAGGAAAUCCAUAUUUGUCAAGCCAAUUCAAAGACGUUGAACGUGUUGUCGAUAUGAAAGUGAUGAGUUGCGCUAUGUUCGAUUUCGUCAUUAUCGCAACACAAAGCGAAGUAUCAGUUCUGUGUAAUCGCCAUGUAGAACUCGUCCAUUUGGCAACGUUUGAAAUCGAAUAUUGUGAUGGCUGUGCCAAAAGAUUAGUAAUACCAGCUGAAGUUUCAGACUCCCCUGAAAAUUGGGUCUUUUGUGUUAUUACAGAGACUGAAAAUAUUGAAAAAACUUUACUCUAUAGACUGGACUACGUCACUUUGACUAAAUUGUGA